CAGAGUUGGAAAGUGGAUGGAGCCGAUGGAAGUAGAUAGUUUGGUUAUAAUUUAAGUGGAUUUUGACAGCGGAUCUCGGGCUUUAGUCCGACGGCGUUUCCUACUGGAUCAUAAAGCGUUCACGUUUGGAAAACAUAUUGUUAUCUACUAGAAACAUAAGCUGGCAUGCGCUAAAAUGGAAACCAAACCUUUCUUUUCUCUAGGGCUCCUGAAAAAUACGUGCUCAGUAGCCCCGCCGCCGUGCUUGCGGAGACGACCAGGUGAUGCUGGCAGUUCUCCCAAUGGCUGCUCCGGCUUCACAGAUGCAUACCCACUGCAACAGUGCAGGAUAUCCACAGACUCUGGUCUUUCAUCAUCUCCUCUCAGCUCCUCUACGGGUCACCGAGGCAUCAGUAACCAUCCUCUCCACCCGCCCCUGCUCAGCCCCUCCGCCAUGAGCUCAAGCCAAGGUCAACUCCACUCGCCCAUCAGCACCCACAGCUCACCCAUCAAUGGCCUGCCCUCACCCUUCCCUGUCAUCAGCUCACCCAUGGGCCACCCAUCCAUGAGUGGCCCAUCCUCCACCAGCAUGGCCUACAGACCCAGCCUCAGCCCACAGCUCAGUUCGCCCAUGAAACCAGUCAGCUGUUCGGAGGACAUUAAACCCCCUCUGGGUCUGAAUGGGCUGAUGAAGGUCCCAGCGCAGCCCACAGGCACAUGUCUCUCCCUUACGAAACACAUCUGUGCCAUUUGUGGAGACCGCUCAUCAGGUAAACACUACGGGGUGUACAGCUGUGAAGGCUGUAAGGGCUUUUUCAAAAGAACAGUGAGAAAGGACCUGACGUACACUUGUCGAGACAACAAAGACUGUAUAAUCGACAAACGCCAACGCAACCGCUGCCAGUACUGCCGCUAUCAGAAAUGCUUAGCCAUGGGAAUGAAGAGAGAAGAAAAAAAAGAAAGUCUUACAGGACAUGAUGCUGUUCAGGAGGAGCGGCAGCGGGCGAAGGAGCAGAGCGAGGGUGAGUUCAGCAGCUGUGCCAAUGAGGACAUGCCCGUGGAGAAGAUUCUGGGAGCCGAAUUGGCAGUGGAACCAAAGACAGAGACCUACGUGGAAGCCAACCUGGGCUCGCCUGCCAACUCUCCUAACGACCCUGUAACAAACAUCUGUCAAGCAGCUGACAAGCAACUCUUUACUUUAGUGGAGUGGGCCAAGCGGAUACCUCACUUUUCUGAUCUCCUGCUGGACGAUCAAGUCAUCCUCCUACGAGCAGGAUGGAAUGAACUCCUGAUUGCUUCUUUUUCACAUCGUUCUAUUGCUGUAAAAGAUGGGAUAUUGUUAGCAACUGGCCUUCACGUCCAUAGAGACAGCGCACACACUGCCGGUGUGGGAGCCAUCUUCGACAGAGUGCUGACAGAGCUUGUGUCAAAGAUGAGAGACAUGCAGAUGGACAAGUCUGAACUUGGAUGUCUGCGAGCUAUUGUUCUGUUCAAUCCAGACUCAAAAGGACUGUCUAAUCCAGCUGAGGUGGAAGCACUGAGGGAAAGAGUGUAUGCUUCUCUGGAGGCCUACUGUAAACAAAAAUACCCUGAUCAACCUGGGAGAUUUGCCAAGCUGUUAUUGCGUCUGCCUGCUUUGCGCUCCAUUGGCCUGAAGUGUCUUGAACAUCUCUUCUUCUUCAAGUUAAUUGGGGACACGCCCAUUGACACUUUCCUAAUGGAAAUGCUCGAAACUCCACACCAAAUGACGUAAAGGAAUGAUUUUGUUCAUCUUCACCCCUCUGAAAGCGUUUCACAGGGUGCCACUGUAAAGCAAUGACAGAGGGUGCAGUUUCUGUACAGAACACUACAAGAGGCCAGCACGGGACACAUCUCAAUGGAGACUGCUUUGUCCAGACUGAUAAACAUAUCACACUGCAGUCUUAGAGAGGAUUGAACUACAUGUAAUUCUACCCUGGCAUUUCAUCAGAAGCAUUGCGUAAUCAGCUAAAUACUGUGCAAAUUUCACUACGGAAUACCAUAUACACACAAUGGAUUUUUUGAGGUUUUUUUUUGUCCUAGUUUGCAUGAACAUUUGGGAGAUCUCAUCAAGUUCUAUGAAUAUUUCUGCUGAAAACAACUCAAAGGUUUAAUGGUUUCUCAUUUAUUCUGCCUUACAGAGGUCUACCUCUGCAUUCCACUGAGUUCAACUCAUAUACAGCCAAACCGCCUCAUCUCUGAAAUAAUUUGCUGUGAAUUUUCAGAUUUCAUAUGAGGAUACAAAAUUCCUCAAUACCUCAGAUGCACUUCUUCAUACAAAUGUCCUUAAUGUAACAUCACUGUCCUGGUGUGUCUGCCAUUGGAACGUCUUGCUUCAGACUCUAGUGUUCAGUGUUAAGAGUAUGCACUGAUUUGAUUUCCAUAUCCGAUAUUUGUGUUGAUAUAAAAGAUCCAGGACCAUAGUAAAAUAGCUUUUUUUCUUUCAGGCACUUAUUAUUUGUAUUUAAUUUUUUUUUCAAACAGAGUUGACAUAUGUCAGUUACUAGAAGUCCAUCUAUGCGAGGAAGAAACUGCACGCUAUUUCGAUUCAGUUUGAAGUCCUUUUCUUUUCGGAAGAGAUAUAUGAAUAACAGAAUGCUCUAAAAAAAUGAAAAGCAGGUGUGCUUCUGGCCAAACUCACAUUAGAUGAAACUAUAAUGAUUCAUUGCAAGAAUUUUGUAAAAACUAAAAUAUUGAAGAUUUCCAUUAUGUUUUGCCUCUAUAAUUCAGCAUAAAUAUGUAUUAAGUAUUUCCAAAUAUUUUCAAUCAUGUUUAUAUCAACUAAUAAUUCUCAGCAAGUGGGUGAUCCUGAUUUGAAAAUAUGCAAUAAGUUAAAGGAAUCCAGAUGAUAGUCUGGCCUCAGGGAAUUAUAAGGUUUGGGAAGUGCUAUGUCUGCCCCCUAUUGGAAGAGUUGUAGCAUUGCAGCUGUUCUAAUUUGCUAAAUGAAUUAGAGAAGAAUUACAUGGACAUUUCUACAGUUUAAGUGUUUGUAUUCAUAAACAAAAUGCUUUUCAAACAUUGGAAAAAAUAACCAUUCUUAAGCCUCAGGUUCAUACAAAUGUGUAUUUUAUUGUAUUUUUUUGCUUAUAUUGUCCAGUGUCUCCAUUCUUUGUCAUAACAAGGAAAAACAUGAAAUGGUAAUACAGAUUUUACAAUGCCAAUGCUAUUGAUGCAUGAAACCUCAAUUGCACAUUGAGCCGAUCUGAACCAGUGUUUUAUAAUGAAAGUGACAUAAAGAGAAUUCCUGAAGAAUGUUCUGGUUGGUCUUUUUACAUGCAGUUACAUGGAAACUGGAGCUUUCAAUAAUUAUGGAAAAAUUGCAAAAGGACCAUCAAAAUUGUCAUAAAGUGGUCCGUUCUACUUCUGUGUUAUCUUGAGUCAAAUGAGGAACAAAAUGGAAUUUAAGUCUGUGAUCCACAGAAGAAAGAAGGUUAUAUGUGUUCGAAAGUGAGUAAAUGAGGACAUAAUUUUUGUAUUUGAGUGAAGUAACCUUUUAAUUAAGUCAUAUUAGCGGUCAUAAUGCAAAUGCUCUACUGAUUUAUUUAGACAACAGAUUCUGGCAAAAGUCCAUACUUUAUGGGCCAUACAACAUGCUGACAAUAGAGCAUUGUCUAAAAUGCAUAUAAGCAGCAUGUACUGCUUAUUUGAUUGUUUUACAGGGCCUAACCUUAUCAAUGGUCAAAUGUACUUACACUUUGACCAGGUAGAGAUUUUAACCAACCAUUAAGGAAGAUCUGUGGAAUUAUGUUUGCUUAUUCUGCUCUAAAUGUUCUUAUAUCUUGGUGGCCUUUCAUGACUUUAAAACAUGUAUGUUUCAAAUUUGCAGAAAAUAAUAAAA